AGCUCAGGGUGCGCAGAACCAUUUAUUAGCCAUAUAAAGGGAGUAGAAGCAUUCGCGCCCCAUUCACAAGUCCGACGCCGCUAUCCCCGCCGGUAGCUUGACAACUUGCCCCCAAGUUUCCUGCGAACUCAUAUUUGUGGAGUUUAGUUUGAAACACGAUGAAAUUGUUCCUGUACGUCGGUGCCGUGAUGUUGAUGUGUGAUGCGAUCAACGGGCUAUUCUUGCCGGAGUUGGGCCGUGGUCGUCAAAGAAUAUCGACGCGCGGCCUUUCGUGGUAUCAGAGAGGAAGGCGCGUUGAAAGGCCUACACACCGAGUAAUAGAUCCUAACGAAGACUGUUUUCUGAUGACAUCCGACGAGGGAGAAAUAUUUUUCAAGUCGCCAUCAGACGAGCCAGUUGUCUGCGGCAUUUACAUGAUAGCGGACCCUGAUCAACGAAUCCAGGUUACGUUCAACUACCUGGAUGUGCCCUGCGAGAAUGGAGGAUUGGUCGCAUGGGUAGACGGCUGGGAGUUGAACGGGCAGGUGUGGCCAGCAGACGCCUGGGACGAUGACCGGGUGGUCGAGUCCUGCGAUCGCCGGCCACCGCACAAGCUGGUGGCGCGUCAGAACGCGGCGCUGAUCCAGUACCGUGUCCCGGCCAGGGGCAAGGGGUUCGCUAUCACUGUGCGUCAUCUAAAAAAUCCGAGGCCUUGCAACGUUAUGAUGUUCGGAUCCGAGGGGAUCUUCACCCUUCGCAACCACGGCGCCACCGGCAACUGUUCUCUCAUCACCAUAGCCCCGGCCUCGGUGCGGAUCCUGGAUCUCAACGUCGGGCAGGCGGUCAAAACCCACUCCCUGCUUGACUUAGAAACCGGGACCAUCAGUCAGUGCAAAAAGCGAGGUUUGCGCGACUACGUGGACAUCGGUGGCGCCGGGGGGCUCGACCACACCAAGAUGGAAGUCUACGACAGCGUGUGUGGACUCGAUUCCAAAGAAGCACGCCGUCCGCUACUCAUCGCCUGCGAAGACACCGUGGUGCGACUGGUGUCCAGCGGACGCUUCCACAACUCGGUGACCCUGGCCUUCAACCCUCUCGCUGCCGAGGACAUCGAACACGCCGACCUGAUCUGCGGCAUGGACGCCAUGAACGAGGUGCCCGACAUCUAAACCGACCGACGUGAAACCUGCUUGAGCCGUGGCACUGUAUUGUUAAGUUACUUGCAGUAGCAUUUCGUUCGUUAAGAGUGAAAAUACUAGUAAGUUUUACCUUUAAUUUUUACAAGCACGUAUUUUAACUAUUAAUCUAUCACCAAACGUGGCACCAUUAUUUUUUGUCGUUACUUUAUCAUAUAGCAGCAGCUUACAUUAAGUUAUUCUUAACAUAAAUACAAAUAGCUAUAGUUUCUAUGAAGUAAUACCAUAGGGUAAAAUUGCCACAGAAGGUAAUGUUGCCACGUUAAUGGUACUUAGGGGUAUAAUAUUUAUAAAAGACGACUUCACAAUAUAAUGUAAGCCGCAAUACAGGCGCGAAUUUACACCAACAGUAGUUUGCACACGCACCAACAUGUAACACUGUGUGCGCCCAAAUUCCAAAACAAAAUGGACCUACCUACUUAUACCUAGCGUGAAAGAUUAAACAGGUUAAUUAAUGACAUUACAAUUGAAUGGUCUCAAAAAUGGAUAAUACGAGUAUGCCUCGUAACGCAACGCAAAAUCUGCUAGUGCAAAACUGGCCAUGCUAUUUAUUUGGUGCUACGGCUCCCAUAGUA